ACACUGAAGCUUGGUUCAGUUCCAUUCCAUUCUUUCCAGUGAAUAAUACAGUGUGGAAUAGUAUAGAGUUUGUCAAUCAGUGACGCGAACGUAUUAGAAAAAUACGUAUUUUAUUUUUACAUUUUUAUACUUGAAAAUAUUGUAAACAAACAUCAUCAUGUCAGCCCGAAAAACUGCUGGUCGUCGUGCAACUACAAAAAAACGUGCUCAACGUGCGACUUCCAAUGUAUUUGCAAUGUUUGAUCAAGCUCAAAUUGCUGAAUUCAAGGAGGCAUUUAACAUGAUCGAUCAUAACCAUGAUGGAUUCAUCGAUAAAGAAGAUUUACAUGACAUGCUUGCUUCACUUGGAAAAAACCCAACUGAUGAAUAUUUAGAGGCUAUGAUGAAUGAAGCACCAGGUCCAAUCAAUUUUACAAUGUUUUUAACUUUAUUUGGAGAGAGGCUACAGGGUACUGACCCAGAAGAUGUCAUUAAAAAUGCAUUCGGAUGCUUUGAUGAAGAAAAUACUGGACAUAUUAAUGAAGAACGCUUACGUGAACUUUUAACUACUAUGGGAGACAGAUUUACAGAUGAUGAUGUUGAUGAAAUGUAUCGUGAAGCUCCAAUCAAAGGAUCAAUGUUUGAUUAUUUAGAAUUUACUAGAAUUCUUAAACACGGUGCAAAGGACAAAGAUGAGCAGUAAACCAAUGUCUGAAUUAUCAAUCGUUAUUGUAUUUUUCCUUUCCAGUUAAAGGUGAUUUAUGUUUUAUACCCCAAAACAUCAUGUGUAUUAAUAUAUAUUGAUACAUUAAUAACAAUGAAAAAUUCAUAUUAAACUAAAAAGUAACAAGACUUAAUUUACAAUGCAUUUUUCGAUUAUAUUCGUUGUCUUAAAUAUGAAAAAUCAAGUAUUUAUAUAGUUUAUUUAAUCUCUUUUUAUGUUAGAAUGCAGUAAAUAUUAAUUCUAACAUUUUAAAUUUAUGAAUAUAUAUUUAAAAUUGUCAUUUGUAUGUUAUACCAGCAAAUAUUAUGUAUAGUAACCUA